AUGACGACGCAUAUCCUUGUUCUGGGUGCUACCGGCCCGUCUGGUCUCGACUUCGUCCACGCUGCUCUCCGAGAGGGACACACGUUGACACUUUAUCUGCGGAACGCGGCAAAACUACCCACCGAAGUCAAAGGCAAUGCACUGGUGACUGUCAUCCAAGGCCAACUGGAUGAUCAAGCUAGCUUAGAGAAAGCCGCAUCAUGCGGCUCACAGUCAGUCGUAUCCUUCCUUGGCCCAGUCAUCGGUGGCGGUCCAAAGAAUGCUCCAUCCAUCCUACAAGGUUAUGAGAAUCUAGUCCCUAAACUAAUCGCUCACGAUUUCAAACGUGGUCUGUUCCUCUCGACGCCAUCGUACAACUCGCCAGAAGACUCAUGGGCCCCAGGCUGGUACCUUAUCAUCAGCCUGCUUUGGUUGACGUUGAACUGGGCGUACCGUGAUGUAGUGGGUUUCAGCACGUAUAUCGCCUCGCAGCCGGUCGAUAAGCUUCGCUGGACGUUGUUCCGCGUCCCCAAUCUUCGAUCAGGCCCAGCGAGACCGGUCGUCACCACGUUCAAGGGCAAGGAUAGGUUUAAUUGGAAUCUAGAGAGGAAGGCACUCGCGGAGUGGGUUUUAUUGGAGUUGAAGCAGGACCGCUGGAUUGGGCGGGCUCCUGUUCUUUAUAAUGCUUGA